CUUUUUUUUAAAUAAAUAGUGACGUACUCAGGAGGGCUUGAAAGUUCUGUCGCCAUCCAGUUCAUCCCAUUACUAGAUCAUUCUAAAGAAUAACGUUAAACUUUUAAAUCUGAACUUGAAGAUCAACUGCACUUUCUCCAUGAUAAUAACGACGACCUUUGUUAGACGAAGGGAAAGGUCACAACCGGAAGCGAAGCCGAUACGUUUUUUAAAACUCCGCUAUCGGCCACCGGUGAUUUCGGCGGAGCAAAUUCAAUCAAAACAAGUUUCACGAUAUCGAGAAACGAAGAGACACAGAGAGAGAGGGAGGGAGAAAAUGGUGACGUCGCCGGUGGUAAAUACAUACCCUCUGUCGAGCUAUACUUUUGGUACCAAAGAGCCAAAGAUGGAGAAAGAUACCUCAGUUGCUGAUCGUCUUGCGCGAAUGAAAGUCAAUUACAUGAAGGAAGGCAUGAGAACUAGCGUUGAAGGGAUUCUAUUGGUACAAGAACACAAUCAUCCCCAUAUACUUCUUCUGCAAAUCGGAAAUACUUUCUGUAAACUCCCAGGCGGCCGGCUGAAGCCAGGAGAGAAUGAGAUUGAGGGCUUGAAAAGGAAACUCUCUAGCAAACUUGCUGCUAAUGCGCCUUCUCUUCAGCCAGAUUGGCAGAUAGGUGAGUGCGUGGCUAUAUGGUGGAGACCAAAUUUUGAGACUAUAAUGUACCCUUAUUGCCCCCCACAUAUUACAAAACCUAAGGAGUGCAAGACGCUUUUCAUGGUUCACCUAUCUGAAAGAGAGUACUUCGCUGUGCCAAAAAACUUGAAACUUCUUGCUGUUCCAUUGUUUGAACUCUACGACAAUGUUCAGAGAUAUGGACCUGUUAUAUCCACCAUCCCACAGCAGCUGUCCAGGUUCCACUUCAACAUGAUCCAUUCAUGAAUAGUCAUGGACCUCCUAGAGCUCAUGCAAGGAUAAAGUAUUGCUGGAUGGUUAGAAUUGAGUCCUGUCCAGGUCCAAAGUUUCACUGACGACUGAGCAAAUACUGCAUAUUAUUGUUGAUCAUUUUUCCUAGAGUAGACAAUUUGAGCGUAAAGUUUCUUACUUUAACUUAUGAUAUUUCUCUCUCCUUACUGUAACUGUAGUAGCAGUAGCUUAUUAAAUUCGUCCCUUUUUCACUCAUGUUGCUUUAUAAAGUCUAUGUUUACUACUUGUGGGCUUCUUCCGACGUCAUGUUAGGAACAUGAUCCAUUGUAGCCUUUUGCUGCAUGGGAUAUAUAUUUUAAGAAUUGUUAUGGGUC